AAGCGAUAGCGAUUAUUUCCCCCCCCCCAAAAAAAAACAUGGCAGCAGGGUAGUUGCCCUAAAUUGGUGCCCCUCUCCCUAUUCCCGGCCACUAUUGGAAAGUUAAAACGCCCUCACAUCUGGAAGUUCACCAGGUCGGGCGAGGCUGCCCCAUAAUUAAAUUGGGAUUAAUUUAUAAAUUAAUCCCAAUUUAAUAAAACCACUUGAUUUCUCAGACGCCGAGCCGACAGGAACCGCCUCCUGUCUUAGAGCGGGAAAAGAAGAGCGUUGCUUUAAUUUUUGCCCCCCCCCCCCCUAAUUUGGCGGCUUUCACUGGAUACAUAAAGCUGUUAUGGGUCGGGUGGAGGAGGGCAAAGGUUUCUCCCUCCUAGCUCCCUUCUUUUCUGACGUGCUUGGAAGCGAGCCUGAGUCCGAGGAGAGACUUAACCUCGUUUUUAAAGUCGUAGGACCCUGGAUGUAGUGAAGGGACGGGGCUCCUUGGUGCUUGCUGCUUGAUCUAUUUACUAAUAUUUUUGGUGGAAGUCUCAUGGUGAUGCUUAGUGAACAGCAACUACAAGAGAAGGUGCUUCAGUAUGAAGCAUUUAUCAGUGAUGUUUUGCAGAGAGACCUUAAGAAAGUGUUGGAGCAGCGAGAUGAGAUUUAUGAAAAGAUUGCUCAGUAUUUGCAACUCAAGAACAUUAUUGAACGUUUACAGGAAACAGGAAGCCAGGAGCUGAAAACUCAAGUGGAUCUAGGCUGCCAUUUCUAUGUCAAUGCAGAAGUGCCUGAUACAUCCACCAUGUUUGUAGCUCUGGGUUAUGGGUUCUUUGUGGAGCUGACUCUACCUGAGGCGCUAACCUUCAUUGAGAAGAAGACAAAGUUGCUUAAUGAGCUCAGUGAAACUCUUACUAAAGAUUCCGCCAGAAUAAAAGCCAAUAUCCGGAUGGUUUUAGAGGGAUUACGUGAACUGCAAGGUUUCAAAGAUCUGCCUGAGGAGAACAGAAACGAUGUUUUCCUCUAGGUAUCCAUCUUCUAUGAUCCACAGGGAGUAAUUUUGGUUUUCUAGAAGAAAAUUUGAUUGGAUUUUUUGCUACAGUAAGGGCUGCAUGCAUGGGGAGAAACUGGUGAAUGAGAGACAGUGACAUGAUGUGACAUGCGGGGACACAGUAACGUGAGGAAGAACAGCUCCACUUUUAGUGAGGGUGUUAGGUUCUUUGAACUUCCUCCAUGUCUUCCAAUUUUAGUGUUUCAUUUUAAAAAUAAUUGUAUUAAUAAAGAUUAUGUAUUUGUACUGGA